AUGCAACGGGAUAAAAUAAAAUCAACUAUUGAAACAUUUCGCUCUAUUUCUAAUAAAGGAAUAUUACAAAAUACUAAUCAUAUGUCACGGGAUAAGCCAACAGUUAGUUUAUUCUCACCCAAGUCAUCAACAAUAACACAGACAAUUAAGUGUGGUCAAUGUGUAACAGAAGAAGCUAAAAUGAAAUGUAUCGAAUGUGUCGAAAAUUAUUGUGCCAAUUGCUUUACUUAUUUUCAUCUGCGUGGUGCUUUACAACGUCAUCAUCGAAUUUUUCUAUCGGAAAAUCAAUUAUCGAUAUCUCAAAGAAAAAAUCGAUCGUUUAAUAGUGAUCUUAAUCUCCGAGAUUUAACCCAUCGACAAUCAAACGAUGGUUUACAUAGAAAAUCAACAAUGACACUAAAUGUGCACGAAUCAGAAGAAUUGCACAAUCUCAAAACAAAUUCUACGUCAUUUCAAAAGGCAUUUUCCAAAUGGAGAAAUAAGAACGUAAAUGGAUCAAAAGCAAUUCGAUCCAAAAAUGGAUUCAUAACUUCGAUUAACGAAACAAUCAGUGACAGAAUGGACUAUUCUAAUCGACUACCAAAUAUUGAAUCUAAUUCAUCGAGACUCUCUUCCAAUGAGAAAAUCCGAUCUAAAAGGGAUCGCCCUAUUGAGAAAAAUAAUCUGAAAAAAUCUAAUCAACAAUCGAAAAAGACAAAAGAUACAAAAAAAGAUAAACCAAAAAUAGGUGUAAUGAUUAAUAUAUACUAUGCACUUACUGAAAAUACAAAUUUAAAUGAUCCAAGUAUUGAUAUUGAAUCGUUUGAUGAGGAUAUAGAAGAAAUACAAACAGAAAAAAGUGUGCAAGCCAUAAAUACUGAAGAACAAUCGAAUAAUGAAAAUACUCUUGAGCAUGUUGAGGAACAGGAACGACCUGUUACUCAUAUAUCAUCGAAAUCAUAUUUAGAUUCAACUAGUCCAUCAAUGAAGAAGAAUUCAAUGACACUAUGUGAAAAGUCUUUACAUUCUCUAUUAUCUACAAAAUCUACUGAUGAACUAGAAACCAUUGUUUAUUCAGAAUUAUUCCUAUCACAUUCAUUGCUAUCUUCUAUCGAUGGCUAUGAUGAACCUUCGAAUUUCUCGAAUCAAAAUCGCAUACCUGAUGAUAAGACUAGCCUAUCGACUAUAGUCGAUCACUAUCCCGUUGCUCAUUUUGAUUCAUCUCUGAAUGAUUUAUCUUAUGAAUCAAAAAUCGAAUCAAGCAAUCAUUUUAAUCAAUUAUCUAAACCUGAUUCUCCAAUUCGAACCGAAAAAGAUCCAACACCUACUACUGAUCGGCUACCGAUCAACACCUCUAAGAAUACACAACGUCGAAAUUCUCCAUUUAGUUUUACAAAUCGGACGACUGACCUUCAUGGAGGUAAUUCAUCAUCGUCAAUAGGUACAAAUGAUGAUUGCUUUUUUACGGAUAUGUUACCUCGACAAAAAAAUUCAUCGCAUCGAAUUCUUUCGCCUUCAAAAUCGAAUCAUGAACAGGCAGAUAUUUCAGAAAAUCAAACAACGAUAAAUUCGCCUUCAAUACCUACUAAAUCUCCUAUCAGAAGUGCAGUACGUAGAGAUUCAAAACAUUCUAUAAAAAUUGAACAAUCACCAUGUCAGUCUAAAUCCGCAACAAGUCGACCUGCUUCGUCAUCAUCAUCAUCGUCAUCUACUUCACUUCCUAUUUCAGUCAUGUCAUCAAAAUCGGAUUUCAUUUACCCGAAUAGUCAAUCAUCAGCAAAAUCAUCCAGAAAAAGUUCGUCGUCAUCAAUAUCAACAACGAAAAGUUCUUCACCAGCUAAAACAAAAAUGCCUUCGUCAACUACAACGAAAAGUUCUUCACCAGCUAAAACAAAAAUGCCUUCGUCAACUACAACGAAAAGUUCUUCACCAGCUAAAACAAAAAUGUCUUCGUCAACUACAACGAAUCGAUCUUCAUCAAUUACAACAAAAGCUUCUUCAUCAACUACAACACUCGCAUCAACAAAAUCUUCGCCAGUAGGAUCACCAUCAAACAAUCGUUCUUCCUCAAAACCUACGAUAAACCAUUCUUCAUUAGAAUUAGAAACAAUACCUUCAAAAACAGCUGAAAAUUUAAAAGUACCAUUGCCAUUGAAUAAUGAUACUUCUAUUCAAGACCCCAUCAUUUCAUUAAACGACCACCAUUCAUCGCCUGUUGGCACGCAACAAGAUCUGAAUGAUUUAGUCAAACCCAAUUCUAUUAGAAGCCAAACCGCUGAUGAAAUAAUCAAUGAAAAUCAUUCGCCAAUGAAAGAAAAAAAUCCUCAUCGUCAAUUAACGCACAGUGAAGAAUUAUCGAAAUUUCGAAAACUAGAAUUUUCAAUGGAAGAUGGUCUUAAAUGGCAAGCAGCUUCAGGAGAAUCAUUAUCUUCGACGAAAACAAUUUCUUCUAUUCAAACAUUGCAUACUAAAAGCGUUCAAUCAUUUACACCUCAGCCAACUAAUGGCACUGGCCGAUUAACAUUGAUGUAUGAAACAACGAAGAAAAAUGAAAAAUAUUUUAAUUGCAUUCAUCAAGAACAUUAUUCAACAUAUACGAAAAAUGUUAAUGACGAUGUCAAUGUGAAUGAGCAUUUAUUACAAAUUCUUCAGGAUGCUGAAUUACCACUUGAUGAAAAAUCUUCACCGAUGAUUCAAACAAAAUCCCAAGAAAAUGAAAUUGAUGAUCGACCGUCAACUGAUAGAGAAUUUUUCGCGUGA